AAAAAAGGAAGAAGAAGGAGGGGGGAGAAGAUAGAUCCUACCUUUUAUCCAGUAAUCUAUAGCAAAAUGCAGAACGAACACCCUUGCUAUAUAACUCCACUCCAAUUUCAACUUUCAAGAACCAGACCCUAGUCUCCUUUCUUGCAUGCUGCAUGCUGCAUGCUACAUGCUACAUGCUUUGCUAAAAGGGCAACUUAAAAGAGAAAUAAUAUAGAGAGAGAGAGAGAGAGAGAGAGAGAAAAAAAGGGAGGAGUUUUCAAAUUUCAAUCACUAAGAUAGGAAGAUCGGGGAAGAAACUCACUCUAAAGAAAUGGAAUUUAAUGGCGGACUCCGUCUCCAUGUGGUAAUGUUCCCAUUUUUUGCAUUCGGUCACAUUAGCCCAUUUGUUCAGCUGUCGAAGAAGCUAUCCUUGCAUGGCGUCAAGAUCUCUUUCUUCUCUGCACUCGGCAAUGUCAGCCGCAUCAAAUCCAUGCUCCGCUCAGAUUCAGCACCCACAACAACCCAAGUCAUCCCUCUCACUCUCCCACCCGUCGAGGGUCUUCCCCCCGGCCUGGAGAGCACCGCCGAUCUCUCACCUGCUCAGUCCGAGCUCCUCAAGCUAGCACUCGACCUCAUGCAGCCUCAGAUCAGCUCCCUCUUGUCCCAACUCAAACCCCAUUUCGUACUCUUCGAUUUCGCCCAGGAAUGGCUCCCGCCUCUUGCUUCUCAGUUAGGCAUCAAAACCGUCUUCUACUCCGUAUUCGUCGCUCUUUCCACCUCUUAUCUCACCGUCCCCGCCAGACUCCCUGAAGCAGAACCCACAAGACCUCCUGCGAUUGAAGACUUGAGGAAACCGCCGCCUGGGUUCCCCGAAACCUCCAUCAAGUCCGUGAAAACCUUCGAGGCCCGGGAUUUCCUGUACAUGUUCAAGAGCUUCCACGGUGGGGCCAGCGUGUACGACAGGGUGCUCAGAGGCCUCAACGGCUGUGACGUCAUCCUCGCCAAAACAUGCAGAGAGAUGGAGGGCCCCUACGUUGACCACGUGACGCAACAAUUCAAGAAGCCCGUGCUGCUAGUUGGGCCGGUCGUUCCGGAGCCCAGGUCAGAGCCUCUCGAAGGGAGAUGGGCUUCAUGGCUGGGUCAAUUCGAACCCAAGUCCGUCAUAUACUGUUCAUUCGGGAGCGAAACAUUUCUGAGUGACGAACAGGUCAAAGAGCUACUGCUGGGGUUGGACCUCACGGGACUUCCAUUUUUCGUGGUCUUGAAUUUCCCUGCGGACGCCGACAUCUCUGCGGACUUGAAGAGGGCGCUACCGGAGGGGUUCUUGGAGAAGGUGAAGCACAAGGCCGUAAUUCACGCCGGGUGGGUGCAACAACAGCAGAUCCUGGCCCACCAGAGCGUGGGCUGCUACGUUUUCCAUGCGGGGUUCAGCUCAGUUGUGGAGGCAAUUGUGAACGAUUGCCAGCUGGUGAUGCUGCCCGUAAGAGGAGAUCAGCUGCUGAAUGCCAAGCUAGUGAGUGGUGAUUUGAAGGCUGGGGUGGAGGUGAAUAGGAGGGAUGAAGAUGGGUAUUUCGGGAAAGAUGACAUAAAGGAUGCUGUGGGAAGAGUGAUGGUUGACAUUGACAAGGAGCCGGCCAAGUCCAUCAGGGGUCAUCACAAGAAGUGGAAGGAGUUUUUGCAAAACAGUGAAAUUCAGACGAAAUUUGUCUCUGACUUGGUGAAAGAGAUGGAGGCCGUGGCCGGGCUUCGUACAGUUUAAUCCUCCAGUAUUUGAUGUCAUGUGUCCUUUAAUUUUAUUUACUCUUUUGAAGAAGAGGGGUUUCUCUUCUCAUUUGCUGCUUUAUGAUUCGAAUCCAUCGCUUACAAAAAAAAAAAAACAUGGCAUGUAUCCUUUUAAAUGAGAACCUCUUAAUUAAGUUUUAUUCGUCCAAUGUUAUCAGGGCGGUACUUGUUGAACACUUGAAACGAAACAGGUUUCUACAAUCUUCAACACCACCAAUAUGGCUUUACAAUCAUGUAUGCGAAUUGAUCAAUUUGUUACCA